ACACUGAUUGUAGAAUUAUUCAGUCGAAGGCCCAGCAUCGAAACCAAUUCGAUUUGUCGCGAAUCUAUCAAGGUCGAUGAACACAUGAAUAUAAGUAAAUCCAAGCAGAAAAACGAUAGCGAGCGUAGAGAAAUCAAUGCUCACAUUCGAAAAUACGGAGUUCCAGGGAGUAAGCGGUAUAGGUAUUGGAUGAAUGAAAUAUUUGUUUUAGAGCUGAACAAGUGCUUGAAUGGUAGUGAUGAAGUCGAGAUGAUUAGCGACGAAGAUUGGCUUCUAUCAGAGAGGCCAGCAUCUGUGUUGGAAGAACUGUACAAGGACAAGGAGGCCAUGAUUACUUGGGAUCCAUUUUUAGACAUCACCGAAGAGCAGCAGAACUACAUGUUUCACAAAAUGUUUCUAAGCAGUAAUAUCCGAAUAAGUGAAUUGAUUGAGCCCAGGCUAAAUUCCAUGAAUUUUAGGUAUCGUCAGAAGUCGAAAAAGAAGGACCGCAAAAUUGGGACAAGAGCGGAAAAGUUACAUGAGAACUAAAAAAUAGGUGCUUCAACUGCGCUAGUUGUUGAACACACAAAAAACUGUUGAUCUUGAACAAAAUUCCUCUUUUUGUCCAGAUGUUUGAUGUAUAUUUAUAGGCGGAAAUUAAUCGAAGGCAGAGUGUACAGACAAGCUUCGUUUGGUUUCGCUUCGGUGUGUGUUGGGGCGUUGAGAGAUAUAACAAUGCUAGUCCUGUUGAGGCGGUUUCAAGAGUGUGAUAGCUUCGACGGUAUCGUUGAAACCGCCGAGCUUACAGUUUUAGGCGCGGUAUUGGCAAACAAGGAAAUAUAAGAUUGCGCACACAUAAUUUAUAAUUUUUUUUGAUAACAUUCUACUUAGCUCUAAACAAGUAUGAUGCUUAGAUGGGACACGACUUCAGACUUUCUCCCCAGACAAGGCGGUAUGCAUGAUGUUCAUGUAUGAAGUCAGCCUUAUAUGUUCUUGAACAUACACUUACAGGCUCUUUUUUUGAAGAAAACUGUGUCUUUUUAUCACUGCCUACAUACUUGAGAAAGUCUCUGGCCUUGACCGUAUCUCAAUAUCUCAACAAGAAUUCGGCCAUUGACACCUUUAGCAAUAAUCUUCAGUUCUCCGUAAUAUUUGAGCUUUUGGGGCAGUCCCUCGGCUUAGGCACAUCCGAGAAGAAUUUGCUGCUAGACGUCCUUUCUAUCUAUAAACGCUGGUUUCUAGAAGGAGACCAUCAAGACUACUUUAAGGGAAAAUACUUCGUUUACGUAUCUGAGCUAAUAAAGCACGUAGCCCUUCUCGUGACGGCUCCGACCGCACCCGAACACGUGCCGACUCAAUGCAACUUGGUACUUAGGUUCUUGGACCUCAUUUUUGACAUUGUUAAGAAAACAGGGCCGUUAGUCGAUUCGACUGUUUUUUACGACGCCCUUGAGUCUUAUAUUGGUAUUUGCAACUAUUGCUUUACUUCUAAGCUUGGUCCGCGAUAUCAGUCUUUGAUUGAGGAGGUGUUUGACAUGUAUGCGUACAUGUGCAUUCAGCUCAACAUUUGCGACUCUAAGAGCUGGCAUUUGCUUUAUUCUUAUUUUUUGAAGUGGCGCAACAGUUCGGACGUCAUUGAAAAGUGGGCGUAUUUGUCUAACAGCCUCACUGAAUUGAUUUGUGAAAACAGUCUUCUCCCCGACGAGGAAAAGAUUUGUUUGAGAGCGUCCAAAAAUGAGAAGUAUUCGGUUGUCUUAGAAAAGGGCUCAUACUAUUUUUUCUGGUUUAGAUUUUUGAACAUUUUAGGAGAUCUCAGUACGACCGAGUCGCCGAUGGUUUUCGAGAAGCUGCUGUAUCGCGUUCGCCAGGUGGCCUGCAGGUUGUUCAAAUACGCUUCUGCGCAAGAUUCUAAGUCGUCGGAGGAUGGACAGAUGCUCUUGUCGAUGUUCAGGCAAAGCACAUUUGAUUUACUGCGCGAGGAACAUCAACCUCAGCUUGAGCUGGGCAAAUCGGAUGCGUUGCACAUUGUUCUGGCUAUAUUUUCGAAGUUUCCGGGUAACUACGACUUGACUCAGCUCUCUUACAUGUACUAUUUUGUUCAAAAGUACAUUUCUAUGUCGAACAACAUGCUCUGUAAGAUUAUCUGUGUCUCGGUGGGAAUUUUCUCCAUCAAUUAUCCAGGCAUCAAAUGUUUGAUUCCCGCUUAUUGGUGGGGCAUGAAGCAGGUUUACGAGAUGGAGUUUAUGACUAAGAGACUCGACACGGACGUGAAUAAGCUGGGUCGGUCGUAUGCCUGCCUGUCCAACGCCCUUACAAGUUAUGCCAACAUCUACGGUGCGACCACGUUUGGAGAAAUAUCUGUAGGCACAAACGGUCUCUUUGGCGCAUCGCCGACGACUCCUCUGUCGACGUUGCACACGCUCAAUACGUAUCUUUUGAAGACGUUCCGCCUGUCAUUGACGGUUCCGACGAUGGUGGUGGUCAUAAAGGUGUUGUUCGUGAGCAUUUGUGAAUCCCACAAGGAAAUCCCUCCCGAUUUUCCGGUUCUAUUUGUUCAGGAGACGUCUUCGUUGAUGUCGGCCAAAGAUUACGAUUUUGAGCUUUGCGCGGUUGUUCUGCAAACGUGGACCGACUUGGCGCAUUUGUUCAACUACAUUAGGAUUCUUUGCUCCGCGCUGCCGCAUCUCAUCAUUCAGUCGCUCAACGCGUUGUUGAACGCGCUGUUUCAACUCCCUUUCACCAACGAAAAUAUCGAGUUGAUCAUCUUGUGCUAUCAAUGCCUGACUCAAUGGGUGUCAGCGUGUUCGCUCCUGUCCAUAAACUAUAAGAGCUCAGACAGGGACAAGAACUUUGUCUUGAGGCUUUUUAACUGCUUCUUUUUGUGUUUCGAAAGGAAGCUGGAUUUCUUUACGACAGACAUCGAACUCGUUUCCGACCAGAAACUGUUGAAUGCGCCGCCCCAACAGGUGAAAGAGGCGGCUACGCAUGCGAUGAUGUUCGUCAUGAAUUUUGCCGAUUGGCUCGGGCAGGACAAGCAACCAGAUCCUGUUUCCGUUUCCUUGGACAAAGAGUUGGAACCGUUUAUCGAUGGCGGCAGCAAUGUUCGGACGUUCGCGUUCAAAGACUGCAUUUUUUCCAUCAUUGCGAUGCCUGACCGCGCGACCGAUACCUUGAACAUACUGACGGUUUCGUAUUCAAGAGGCGACGUGCGCACAUGGACGUUCAAGCGGCCCCUUCAAAAGUUGUGCGAGCCGAUCGACAAGACCGUUUCUUCGUUCGACAUCGCGGUCCUUGACGACCUGAACAUGUUUAACGAUGCCGGGAAGUCCUUGCAUUACCAGCUUACGUCAUAUAUGAAUGAAAAUCAAAAGUACAAGCACAAGAUGUUUGUCGAAUUGGUUCAUGAAUCUAUCAACCAGUAUCGAACGACGGAAAGACCCCGUUCUGAUCAGUGUUCAGAAACGCCCCGCGUGUCUGUCUGUGAUGCCCCUAGCUCGCUUCAGGACGCAGACGGGUACUUGGAGCGCUAUCACACUUACAGUCUGGCUACUCAACUAGGUUGGAACGAUAUAGAUAACUUGCCCAACAUUUUCUUGUUUGAAAAUGCCAACACGCCCUCAAACACUCCCAAUUACCCCCUUUCACUCAUUUUGAGUGAAGAGCAAAAGGCGUCUCAACUCCCAUUCUCCAUCGGCGUCGUCUAUCUUCCUAACGGCUACACUUUGGACAGGUGCAUCCAUAGCCCCGUCCCGAUUUCCGAGUCGCCCACUUUCACUCAAUUCAUAGAUCUGCUCGGCACCGCGACGCACUGGUCCAAACACAGCAGCCUCUCGAAACUGCUCGACGGUGUGGUCGAGUGUCAAGAAGGGCCGAAAAGCGUGCUGUAUUAUGACUACCUUCAAGAAGCUGUCUUCCAUGUCUCGACGACGCUGUCUUCAUCGCCGAACGUCCCUCAGAGCCUGGUUUCGAACCUCCUGUUGAGCCCGUUGGUGUCGGUCAUCUGGGCAGAGAACUAUUCAGAUUACAGGGAACACCGCGCCUCCCUGCCCGCACGGCUCCACAUCGUGAUCAACCCCGUCAUGGAAUUCCAAUACCGCGUUUAUCUGUUGUCGAAAGACGACAAACGCCGACACACCUUCGGUCCUCUGAAGAACAAAAUGCUCGUAACCCAGCGCAGCCUCUCCUUCCUCGUCAGAGCAACCGCCAUCAACUUCAUCAUGGCCCAUGAACAACAGUGGUACUACAAACGCCAGUGCGAGGCACAGCGCCGCCUAGAGUCGUUCAUCAAAGACAACACUCUAAAAACCGUGUCAGCACACAUGCUCUACACAAAAGAGAUCAGCAAUCCAGACUAAAAAACGUCGCCUUUUUUUAUUUGACAUAAAUACAAAUUUCACUCUCCGCAC